AACAGAGCACCAAGGAUGAGAAGGGCACUCUGUUUCUCCUUCUCCCCUGUUCUCUACCUACUCUUCCUCUGCUUCCGCCAUGGCCGAGCUCAAGAACCCUCCACCACUGGCUACACCUGCACCCGCAACCAGACCGUUUCCCCUUGCCAGACCUAUGUUUUCUACCGCACCACGUCUCCGGAUUUCCUCGACCUCGGCUCUAUUGGCGACCUCUUCUCCGUUAGCCGCCUCAUGAUUGCGAAACCCAGUAACAUCUCCUCCCCUUCCGCCACUCUCCCUACCGGUCAGCCCCUCUUCGUUCCCAUAACCUGUUCUUGCAACACCUUGAACGCCACCUACACCAUCUCUUUUGCUAACCUCACUUACACGAUCAAGCAAUUCGAUACCUUUUAUCUCGUUUCGACUGAUAAGUUCCAGAACCUCACCACCUACGAGUCGGUCGAGAUCGUCAAUCCCACCCUCGUCCCCACCAAUCUCUCCAUUGGCGUCAACGUAAUCUUCCCGAUUUUCUGCAAGUGCCCGAAUCAAACCCAGUUGCAGAAUGGAGUGAAUUACCUCGUUUCUUAUGUAUUUCAACCCUCCGACACCAUAGCUUCCGUGGCUACCAGGUUCGGAGUCGAAACCCAGUCUAUAACCAGCGUAAAUGGCAAUAAUAUCAGCACUUUUAACACCAUUUUCAUUCCGGUAACCCAGCUUCCCCAGUUAUCUCAGCCGGCCGUUUCUCCUGCCUCCCCUCCUACCUCGCCUCCUGCCUCGCCGUCCGGAAAGACAGAGAGGAAAGGGGUAAUUACAGGAUUGGCAAUUGGGUUGGGAAUUUGUGGGUUACUGUUGAUUUUGGCCAUCGGAGUGCUGAUUUGUGGAGGGGUUCUGUUGAAGAAGAAAGAGAUGGAAAGGGAUGAGGGGAAGCAGAAGCAGCAAUUCAAUCAAGGUGGGAUGGGGAUGAAGGACAUGGAGAUGAAUUUAAUGGCGGAUGUUUCAGACUGCUUGGACAAGUACAGAGUGUUUAAGAUUGAAGAACUGAGGGAAGCCACUGAUGGGUUCAGUGACAGUUACUUGAUUCAAGGGUCUGUAUAUAAAGGAUCCAUUGAUGGGGAGGUUUAUGCCAUAAAGAAGAUGAAGUGGAAUGCCUGGGAGGAGCUCAAGAUCUUGCAAAAGCAUUUUGGUUCUCUAGAUGCUGAUACUGCAAAUCUCUAGUUCCUGGAAUCAAUCUUUUGUGAGUAAACUUUCCUUUUAUCUACCAUUAGGCCAUAUGACUCAUAAUAUCAACUUCUUUUCUAUCUAAUGUAUCAGAGUUUUGAGUUUCUAUUCCCCUUAUGGAAACUGUUAAUGAUCUAGAAGGAUGUAAAUGGAAAGAAUCGUAAUAUGAAUGGAAAUAAUUAGAGAUAGUGAAU